CGAGGGGUGUGCUGCCUCCGUCACCCCCACCUUGAAUCGCCUUCCACUUGCACGCCUUUUUGUUUUCUUUUGUUCGCAGCAGCACCGCGGCGCGACGCGGACGGCACGGCAGGCGAUGCUGAGGUAGCAGAGGCCUCCAUGCAGCAGGAUGACCGAAGAGCAGCGGCAGCAAAACGGUCUGCAAGAGAUCUGCUACAUCACCGAGGAAGAGGAGGAGAGCAGUGGAGAUGACGAUGAAGACGACGGUUUUCAGGACCAGCCCCACAGCGCCUCUUUCAGCUCAGAGAAUGAGGCUCAGGGAGGCGACCCCGCGGCGUGGCGGUGCACCCCGCCACCGUCUACCUCACCUUCGGGGCAGACGCCGGCCAAGCCCGCCCCCUCGCAGCCGGCGUCCAGGCCACACACUGGGGCAUCGGGCCAAAGCCCGGCUCCUCCCUCCACCCUGACAGGAACCAGGAAGAGGAGCUCCAAACCGUCGCACAUGAGACGCAACAUCCGGAAGCUACUGAGGGAGCAUCAGCUGGAGGCAGUGACCAAAGCUGCUCAGCAGGAGGAGCUAGAAAGGAGGCGACGGCAAGAUUUCUCCAUAUCGCUGCUGCCUGAAUAUGAAAGUGGCGAUGUAACAAAGCAUGUGUCGUCGUCAUCGCCGUCAGCAUCAUGCGUGUCACCGCAGGAGGACGAACAGGAUGCCAUGGUCUGCCUGGACCCCAGUGGCGCCGGCGCGUACCACCACCACGACACCGCCAAGGCCGACGACGUACGACGUGUCUCCAGAUCAGAUGUGAUAGAUCUAAGCCUGGGCGAGGACGACGACAUCGUCAGCAGAGGCUCCGCCCACCAUGAGAUAGAGAGCGAGCAGAGUGGCAUGCACGCCAACGACGACCUCAACCGCCCGGACGACCAAGGGAGGGUGCUGGUCAACUUGAACCACCAUCCCUCGGAGAAAGACAUUUUCCUGUCGCCUCAGCUGGCGCGAGCGGUCAAACCACACCAGAUUGGCGGGAUUCGCUUUCUGUACGCAAACCUGGUGGAGUCGCUGGAGCGCUUUGGCAGCGGCAGCGGGUUCGGCUGCAUCCUGGCUCACAGCAUGGGCCUGGGGAAGACGCUGCAGGUCAUCUCCUUCAUUGACGCGCUCUUCAGGAACACCCGGGCUCACACCGUGCUCGCCAUCGUACCCGUCAACACGUUGCAGAACUGGCUGGCCGAGUUCAACAUGUGGGUCCCGCCCGUCGAGUCCUUGCCACCAAAUAGCGACCCCAGCCUGGUGAGGCCUCGCACCUUCAAGGUUCACAUUCUCAACGACGAACACAAGAACACAACAUCCAGGGCCAAGGUGGUGGAGAACUGGGCCCGCGAUGGCGGUGUUCUCCUCAUGGGCUACGAGAUGUACCGCCUCCUGUCGCUUAAGAAGAACUUUGUGUCCGGGAGAAAGAAGAAGAGCAAGAAAACAGCCGGGCCCGUGGUCAUCGACCUGGACGAAGAGGACCGCCAGCAGAAACUGCUCAAAGGUAUCGAGAGAGCCUUGGCCCGGCCCGGUCCAGACGUGGUGAUCUGCGACGAGGGCCAUCGCAUUAAGAACUGCCACGCCAGCACCUCUCAGGCCCUGAAGAACAUCAGAACCAAACGCAGAGUGGUGCUGACCGGAUAUCCUCUGCAGAACAACCUGAUGGAGUACUGGUGCAUGGUGGACUUUGUACGGCCGGACUUUCUUGGCACACGCCAAGAGUUCAGUAACAUGUUUGAGCGUCCCAUUCUGAACGGGCAGUGUGUGGACAGCACGCCGCAGGACAUCCAGCUGAUGAGGUACCGGAGCCAUGUUCUGCACAGCCUGCUGGAGGGCUUCGUACAGAGACGAGGCCACGACGUGCUGAAGGACCAGCUGCCCUCCAAGCAGGAGCACGUGAUCCUGGUGCGUCUGUGUCCGCUGCAGAGGGCGCUCUACACCGAGUUCAUGAACCGCUUUAAAGAGGCGGGAAACUCUGGCUGGCUCAGCCUCAACCCGCUCAAGGCUUUCUGCGUGUGCUGCAAGAUUUGGAACCAUCCAGACGUGCUGUACGAGGCCAUACAGAAGGAAAACCUGGCCAGUGACCAGGACCUGGACCUUGACGACAUCACCUCAGCUGCACACACCAGGUGUCCCACUGCAGCCAAUCAGAAGCCAAAGCCCCUGGAAACUCCAAACCCCAUUGGUGGACUGAGUCUCAACCAGUUACAGGACAGGGCCAACCAGGUCAUCACGUAUGAAUGGGCGAAGGACAUCAUGUGCGAUUACAAGCCCGGCAUCUUGGAGAACUCUGCCAAAAUGGUGCUGCUGUUCCACCUGAUAGAGGAGAGCGUCAGGAAGGGAGAUAAACUUCUGGUUUUCAGUCAGAGUUUGUCCACUCUGACCGUGAUUGAGGACUUCCUUGCAAAGAGACCAGUCCCUCCUUCACCCAACACCUCCAGCAGAGACAGACCAAGUCGGAACUGGGUCAGAAAUGUCCACUAUUACAGACUUGAUGGAAGCACAACCACCUCUGAGCGAGAAAGACUAAUUAACCAGUUCAAUGAUCCCAACAACACCUCAGCGUUGGUCUUCCUGCUAUCGACCCGAGCCGGUUGUCUGGGCGUGAACCUGAUCGGGGCGAACCGCGUGGUGGUGUUCGACGCCUCCUGGAACCCCUGCCAUGACGCCCAGGCCGUGUGCCGUGUGUAUCGCUACGGGCAGAAGAAGGCGUGUCACAUCUACAGGCUGGUGUGCGACUUCACGCUGGAGAAGAAGAUCUACGACCGGCAGAUCUCCAAACAGGGCAUGUCUGAUCGCGUGGUGGACGACUUGAACCCUGUGCUGACCUUCACCAGGAGGGAGGUGGAAUCUCUUCUCCACUUUGCCGAGGAAGAAGCGGAGCCGUGCCAAAUCCAGCUGCAGCACCAGAACGGCAUGGAGUGUGUCCUCGGGAAGGCGCUGCGUCUCUUUCCUCACCUCAUCACCAAGCAACCGUUCCCCCACGAGUCUCUGCUGAUGGACCGCAGGGAGAUGAAGCUGAGCGUGGCCGAGAAGAAGGCGGCCAAGAAAGGUUACGACGAGGAGAAGAGGGUGUCUGUGCCGUACACGCGUCCUUCUUACGCCCACUACUACCCGGCCAGCGACCAGAGCCUGACAAACAUCCCCGCCUUCAGCCAGAGGAACUGGCGACCUCCUCACGCUGAGGAGAAACUGGUGACCGGUGUGCAACCAGUCCAGUCUACUCCGGUUCCCAGCAUGCACCUGCAGGCGUCUGUGGGCUCUGCUCCCGCUAAAGACCCAACGCCAUCAGGGCUCGGAGGCUUUCCUGUCAACUGCUUGCAAAAAGCUGGCGUGUUUGUGCAGAAGAUCGUCACCACGACAGACAUGGUGAUUCCAGGCACUAACAGCUCAACCGACGUCAAAGCCAGAAUAUCAGCUGGGGAGAGCAUCCAUGUCAUCAGGGGCACCAAAGGAACCUACAUCAGGACUUCUGAUGGACGAAUCUUCGCCAUCCGAGCAGCUAGCAAGCCUAAAACAUCCGAGGAGACAUCAACAUCCUACAAAGACCCCCAGGGCUGUGCAGAGCAGCAGCCAGGCAGCGAUAGUAACGGUCCCUCGUCACCUGACCCACAGCAGCCGUUACCGUCCCCUGACGGUCCGGAGAUCGUCAGUGAGUUGCAGCGCUACGCCGCCUCCACCACAGGCAGCCAGGCGGAGAUGGCAAAGGGCAACUUGACUUCCGUAGCUCAGGGCAGCAACAGCGUCGGCGGGAAGGUGAGACGCCGUGCCGCCGCGAACAGAGCCGGCGUCAUCCAGCCCAACAUGGAUGCCAGCGCCGCCCAGGACUUGAGAGUCAGCUCCAAGCGCAAAGCCUCCACGCCGUCGCUGGACGAGCGGCCCGGCAAGCAGCCCCCUGCCGGCAAACACUCCGCGGCCUCGUUAGCCUCGCAGGCUUUCCCGUACCCGGCGGGUUACGGCCUCCCUCUGGGCUUCAACCCGGCCAUGAUGGGGGGCGCACUGGGACACCCGCUCUACAUGGGGGCGGGCUCUCCCUACAUCCACCCUUCCCAUACCGGACUGGGCGAGCCAAACUUCAUGCCCGAGCUGUUUGCUUUGGGCGCCGUGCCCUCGUCAUCGUCCUCUUCGUCGGCCGUGUCUACAUCCACCGCCGUCUCAUCUUCCUCCGCGUCCAAAGCUUCCACUUGGGCUCCGGGCGCCAUGCCGCCGUUCAUGCUCAGCCCCAGCCUGGCGGGAAUGGCGGGGAUGCUCCCGCCUGGUUUCCCCCUCUCUUACAGUCAAUCUCUGGCGAGCUUGUACCGCGGGUCCAUGCUCCCCGGCGGGCUUCCCGAUCCGGCGGCCACUCCCGGUCCAGCUGGGGCCAGCUUCCUCUCGCACUACACUUCCGCCUCCAGCUCCUCGUCCUCGUCCUCCCCUCCAUCUUUCUCCCCGUCGGCGCGGUCCGUGGCUUACGGCCGGAAUGUCAGCAGCCCUGAAAGCUCCGAUAGCAGCGACGAGGUCAUUGAAGUGAACGGCCAAUGAAACACGACCAUUUGCAGUGUUUCCCCCAGAAUACUUGUUAGUUAAGGUGGUGUCUCUCCAGGGGGAAGAGGGCGUCUAGACUAGACUACAGACUGUGGUGAAGUAGGACGGCUUCGUCGCGUGAAGAAGCCUACAAUUUUUGGUUGUGUUUUCCGCUCCGUAUGCUGAAUGGCAAUAUACGAUAUUUUUUCCGUAAAGUAAAAACAAAACACAAAACAGUCCUAGUUACCUGAGAUACUAAGUACCGUAUUUUUCGGAGUAUAAGUCGCUCCGGAGUAUAAGUCGCACCGGCCGAAAAUGCAUAAUAAAGAAGGGAAAAAACAUACAUAAGUCGCACUGGAGUAUAAGUCGCAUUUUCUGGGUUGAUAAAAUCCAACACCAAGAAUAGACAUUUGAACGGCAAUUUAAAAUAAAUAAAGAAUAGUGAACAACAGGCUGAAUAAGUGUACGUUAUAUGAGGCAUAUAUAAUCAACUGGUAUGUUAACGUAACAUAUUAUGGUAAGAGUCAUUCAAAUAACUAUAACAUAUAGAACAUGCUAUACGUUUACCAAACAAUCUUUCACUCCUAAUGGCUAAAUCCCAUGAAAUCUUAUACAUCUAGUCUCUUACGUGAAUGAGAUGAAUAAUAUUAUUUGAUAUUUUACGCUAAUGUGUUAAUAAUUUCACACAUAAGUCGCUCCUGAGUAUAAGUCGCACCCAAACUGAAAAAAAACUGCGACUUAUAGUCCGAAAAAUACGGUAUGUCAUUAUUUUGACUUACUAAGACAAAAUAAUGACUCAGUCAAAUUAAUGACUUACUGUAAAUAAGCGUUUGCAAUAAGCAUUUGAAAAAAAGAGUUAAAAGCGGGGCCGCAUGCUGUGCUCAACUCAUCAUGCUUAAUUUACAGGACAAAAAAAUAAUAAUAAUUUAAAAAAAAUUUUUUUUUAAAGACUUUAGUUUAGGCGGUGGCUCAUUGUUGUUAAGGCGGCCGCCUUAACAACAAAGCGCUGCGGGAAACCCUGAUUUGAUUGGCUCCUGCCCAGUCACAUGACAUGCGUCUACAGCUUUAAAUGCUGAAUAUGUGUGAAAUCACAGACAACAAGCUUUUUACACGAAGGACAUUUGAACACUUGGAGCUUUUUGAUUGUAGUUCUGUAUGUAUCGUAAAUAAUCCUAGUCGAUUUAAAAAGUUGGAUACAUUGUAAGCAGUAGUUUGUUAUUAUCGUUAUUAUGCGUUUCAAAUAGGGGUGUAACGGUACACAAAAAUUUCGGUUUGGGGGUCACGGUUCGGUUCAUUUUCGGUACAGUAAGAAAACAGCAAAAUAUACAUUUUUUGGUUAUUUAUUUACCAAAUUUGUUAAAUUUUCCACCAAAAAUAUUUUUGUUAGUGGAAUAUUUGAUGUGAAGUAAUCGGAACCUUGGAUAGGUCAAUAAUUCAUAAUAACAUUGAUUUUGAUUCAUUAUUAUGUUUUGAGCAAUGACAGUUUGAAAGAAAAAAAACCUGCUUUGUUUUAUUAGUCAACAUUGCAACUUUUUUUAAAUUACAUUAAACCUUUAAGCUUUUUUAUUCCACUUUUGUUAUGUUUUUGUUUAUUUUAAUAGUAUUUUUAGAAUGUGCCGUGGGCUUUUAAAACAUUAGCUGUGGGCCGCAAAUGGCCUCCGGGGCACACUUUUGACACCCCUGCUAUAGAUAAUAAAAAAUUAAAUCUAUGGAUAAAAAGCAGAGCCUGGCGACGCAUGCGCGUUUAUCAUAACUCUCUCUCUCUCUCUGUCUCUGCCCCUCCCUCACCAAUGCUGCUGCGCGCACAAUUUGUUUUGUUUUUAACCCCUUCUUAACCCUGAACGUACAUUGAAAAUACACGCAACCCUAACUCAAAAUGCCGGACAUUUGAGGCAUUUAAGAAACUCCGCCCUGACAGCUCCGCAAAAGAGGACAUGUCCGGUGAAAAGAGAACGUAUGGUCAGUCUAUCCUAGCCCGUUAGCUGCUAGCAUGCCGUGUCAUGUGCCUCGGUGUGCAUUGUUUACACAACGUGCGUUACGCUACUUAAUAUGUCCGAGUGGAAACUCAUUCGGUACACCUCCGAACUGAACCGAAACCCCCGUACCGAAACGGUUCGAUACAAAUACACGUACCGUUACACCCCUAGUUUAAAAGCAUUGUUUUUAGGGAUGAGCCCAGACUUGAUUCAUUACGUCUUAAGGCAAAAUGGAGUGCAGUACUUGGCUGCAACCAGCAGAGGCACUGUUGAUUCAGUUACAAACUCCACAGAAGUCGGUUAUGGCUAUCGCCGGCUCGCGCCUUCACCGCAACAUUUUUUUUCAAACCAGCGUAAAAUCUGUGAUUUGUCGCCUUUUUGUACGGUUUGCUGUGUAUUGGCGUCGGAAUUGAAAUGGAUUAGUUGUUCACCAGUGACAAAAAGCUCAAAUGCGAUAUAGUCGACGAUUAGCGUUUUAGCAGAAAGUUGCUCAACCCCGACGCAAAAUUCCGAAAAGACGCCGAUCUGACUUGGCGGGAGCAUAAACCAGCCUUGACUCCUCAAUUCCGCACUGGCAUGGAAGCAGGAGUUCAGAACACCGCAGCAGAGAUGAGUUCCUUUCGCUGUGCUGGUUAAUCCCCCCGGUGGUGGUGAAUGUACACCUCGCAGCCUUUCUUUCAGAUGAGGCCGGUUCGAUUCCCGUCAAAGGCACGUAAAUAUGACGAAAAACCUAACCCAAACAAACAAAACAAAAAUGAGCGACGGGAAAGACGACAGCAACGAGUAGAGCUGCUAAUGCUAGCUCCGCUUACCGCAGGGUGCUAAGCAGAUUCAUAUAUUAUACAUUCACAGCUGCACCGCGAUUUAAGAACUCCUCAUUAUCGAAUACGAAUAUGCUCUGGUGUACGAACCUUUCGUCCACCCCAUUGUGUUUCUCGCAGCGCAGCCAUUUUGUGCCCGGCAGCACAUCCAUUGCGGGCGGUCUUAUCAAUCUCCGAUGCGCAUUCAGUCCGCAGAGCAAUGCUGCUAUUUGCUACUUAGCUACUUUGUUUUGCUUUUUUAAGUGUUUUGUACAACAUUUUUCUAGUUCUGCGAGUAAAAUUUGCAAACUUUUCAAUUGACUAGCUCUGUUUAUGAACCAAUUAGGUUCGUAAAUCGAGGUUCCACUGUGUGUGAAACAAAUAUCCUUCUUUUUUUUUGUCUUUAAAGAAUUUAUGGGGAAAAUUGGGGUUAUUUGGGGGAAAAUAAUAAUUUUAACAUGAAUAAAACAUAACAUUUUAAUUCUUUGCAAAGCUACUUUGACUGGGAUUCGAUACCAGUACUGCAGUCUUUUGUUACGAGCUCUAACACUGUUUGCCACGGGGGAUAAUGUGACAUCGUAGGGAAUUCUGUCAUUUUGUCCAUCUCAUUCAAUUUCAAAUUCUCAAAUGCAAAUCAAAAAACUAAUUUUGUGCCAUUUUUUCAUUUUUUAUUUCUGAAACAAAAGUUGGAUAACUAUUUAAUGAGACUUUUUUUAAAACGUCAAUAGGACUCCUGCUGAACAAAGUUGUUAGCGUUACGCUAAAAACAUGCUAAAUGCAAAGAAAAAGCUAAAAUACUGCUUCCGGUUCAAUUCGUCAUCACACAGAUGAACACACAUUUUUGCAUUUCUGGAUAAACAUGAAUUGGAUGUUUGUGUUUAUCUGGAAAAAUAAAAAUCCACAAAAGGAAAACAGCACAAAAUCCAAUUUUAUGGCAAUAUUUUAAUGAAAAUCAACCCAUUUUUUGUUUGUUUUCAAAUCUGCCAUAUACAGUAUAGUAAAAAUCGAAAAACGGAGCAGGAAGCGGCUGGGAAUUAGUUUUAUAUGGAGCGCUCCGGCAAUCGUAAAUUGACGUUUUAUAUGCGCUUCUUCACGCAAAGCGGGGCCCACGCAAACUUACAUUGUAGUUUUAGGUUGGAAUUUGUAGCUUGUGGUGUAGGAAGUGAGGAAUAUUUCCGCAAUUUAAUUAAUUUUGAGCAAAUUCGGUCUUUUGCCAGAUCGAGGGUGUCAAACUCAUUUUUAUCGUGGGCCAGAUCGCAGUUACGGCUGUCCUCAAUGGGCCCCUUCUAACUGAGAAACCACAUACAUGUAUAGUAGAUGUUAUUAAACUGAUGCAACUUUCAUUCGAUAAUCGUCAUCUUGUAUGCCAACAAACUGGUGGAAAAAUUGCUUUGCAAUCAGAAGAUGAGGCGACAAAGUUCAGCUACUGCGGAAUUCUUUUUUUUUUUUAAUUGCUUUUUGCAUCAAAUAAUAUUGUUCACUAUGUCGUCUUAUUCAUACACUUUUUCAAAUUUCCUUCCAUCUAAUAUACCGAAAAUAUGGUCUGAUUACAAGAAAAUUUGAAAAACUAUAUAUAUAAAAAAAACAAAUAAUAAUAAUAUUGUAUUAAGACCUGCAGUUGCAUGCCGUACUAUUUUGUUUCUGUCAUAAUUGAAACACCAUUAGCAAAAAUGCCGAAAUGCCUCAUUGACCUACAUUUCCGUGUUUUUGAGGCCUUGAGUUUGACACUUGUGCUUUAAAACAGUGAUUCUCAAACAGUGGUACUAGUACCACAAGUGGUACGGCAAAGAAUCACUUGAUUAAAGUACAGUGUUUUAUUUUCCUAUAUUCAAACACAGUAAAACUGUUCAAACUGUGUAAAGUUAUAGUAGCCAAAAAUACUAUAUACCGUAUUUUUCGGAGUAUAAGUCGCACCGGCCGAAAAUGCAUAAUAAAGAAGGAAAAAAACAUAUGUAAGUCGCAUUGGAGUAUAAGUCGCAUUUUUGGGGGGAAAUGUAUUUGAUAAAAGCCAACACCAAGAAUAGACAUUUGAAAGGCAAUUUAAAAUAAAUAAAGAAUAGUGAACAACAGGCUGAAUAAGUGUACGUUAUAUGAGGCAUAAAUAACCAACUGGUAUGUUAACGUAACAUAUUAUGGUAAGAGUCAUUCAAAUAACUAUAACAUAUAGAACAUGCUAUACGUUUACCAAACAAUCUGUCACUCCUAAUCGCUAAAUCCCAUGAAAUCUUAUACGUCUAGUCUCUUACGUGAAUGAGCUAAAAUAUAAUAUUAAAUAUUUUACGGUAAUGUGUUAAUAAUUUCACACAUAAGUCGCUCCUGACUAUAAGUCGCACCCCCGGCCAAACUAUGAAAAAAAACUGCGACUUAUAGUCCGAAAAAUACGGUACUUGGCAAAUAAAACCUUUGCUUUGUUUUUAAUGAAUACUUGAGCCUACUACACUACUGUAGUUUAAUGUUGAUCAUUAUGGUGGCACAAACCCCGUUUUCAUAUGAGUUGGGAAAUUGUGUUCGAUGUAAAUAUAAACGGAAUACAAUGAUUUGCAAAUCCUUUUCAACCCAUAUUCAGUUGAAUGCACUACAAAGACAAGAUAUUUGAUGUUCAAACUCAUAAACUUAUUUUUUUUUUUGCAAAUAAUAAUUAACUUAGAAUUUCAUGGCUGCAACACGUGCCAAAGUAGUUGGGAAAGGGCAAGUUCACCACUGUGUUACAUGGCCUUUCCUUUUAACAACACUCAGUAAAUGUUUGGGAACUGAGGAGACACAUUUUUUAA